GCAGGAGGAAUAGAGAGGUUCAGGGUUCAUUCCGCCACAAAAAAAGGGGGGGCGGAGGUGGCCAAUGAAUUUAGGCACUGGGGGAGGAAAUCUUUGCCAGGGAUAAAGGGUGUACAGCAGUGGCUGGCAGAGGUCGUCUCCUCCCCUGCCAAGCCCCCCUCCCCCGUCUUUCUGGGAGGGGUGGAGAAAAGGAUCCUACGAAGCUGCGACCUCGGCGACCGGAGGGAGCAUUCCGUGACUCCCAUCUGACAGUUGUUUCCUCUCUGUGGCCGCAUCUGCCCGAUCUUCGGAUCCCUCGGCGAUACAGUUUGCUUACAACUUGGCUGAUCUUCGGGGCGGACCUUUCGGGAACAGACUGCUCCGCUCCGCUUGGCAGAUUUGUUAAGUUGAGACCAGGAUGGGCAAGUUUGCCUCCCCUGCGCUUCUGGUCUUUAGUCUGCUUCUGGUCGCCGCCGGAGUCUGCGGUAACAAUAUCUGUACCACAAGAGGAGCAAAUUCAUGUCAACAGUGCCUGACUGUAAAUCCACAUUGUGGUUGGUGCUCCCAGGUGAAUAUGCCAAAAGCUUUCUCUCGCUGUGACUUGAUAGAAAAUCUAUAUCAGAAUGGCUGCACACAAGAUUUUAUAGAGUAUCCACGCAGCGAGACCUCCAUACUGGAGGCUAGACCUCUCAGUGCCAAAGGAUCAGGAAGUGACAUCACUCAAAUGACUCCACAGAAGAUUGAACUCUUCCUACGUCCAGAUGACCCCCAAACUUUCUCAAUACAAGUGCGCCAGGUGGAAGAUUAUCCCGUGGACAUCUACUAUCUAAUGGAUUUGUCGAACUCCAUGAAGGAUGACCUCCGUAAUAUCCAGAACUUAGGUACCAAGCUUGCCCUGGAAAUGCGCAAAGUGACCAGCAACCUGAGGAUUGGCUUUGGAGCUUUUGUGGACAAACCCCUGUCCCCUUACAUGUACAUUUCUCCUCCAGAGGCCAUCAAAAACCCAUGCUAUGACUUGAAACCACCAAAUGAUCACUGCCUACCAAUGUUUGGUUACAAGCAUGUCCUAGCUCUCACAGAUGAGGUCAAGCGUUUCAAUGAGGAAGUGAAGAAACAAAACGUGUCUAAGAAUCGAGAUGCACCUGAAGGAGGAUUUGAUGCCAUCAUCCAAGCAGUUGUCUGUGAUGACAAAAUUGGCUGGAGACCUGAUGCUUCCCACUUGUUGGUCUUCACUACAGAUGCCAAGACACACAUUGCUUUAGAUGGGAGAUUGGCUGGAAUUGUAAUACCCAAUGAUGGGAAAUGUCACAUGAACAGCAAUAACUAUUAUGAAGCUUCUACCACACUGGAUUACCCAUCCCUUGGUCUGUUGACAGAUAAACUCUCACAGAAAAACAUUAACUUGAUUUUUGCAGUGACUCAGAACAUAGUUGGCCUUUACCAGAACUACAGUGAGCUGCUUCCAGGCACUACUGUAGGGACCUUGACAAAGGACUCAAGCAAUGUUUUACAGCUUAUUUUAGAUUCCUAUGGGAAAAUCCGUUCCAAGGUUGAACUAGAAGUCCGUAAUCUCCCAGAGGAAUUGUCCCUCUCAUUUAAUGCCACCUGCCUUAAUAAUGAAGUCAUUCCUGGAGUUAAGUCUUGUGUUGGACUCAAGAUCGGCGAUACAGUGAGCUUCAGCGUUGAAGCGAAGAUCCGUGGCUGCCCAAAGGACCGGCAGACCUCUUUCACCAUUAAGCCAGUGGGCUUUGAAGACAGCCUGACGGUUCUGUUGAACUUUAACUGUGACUGUGCUUGCCAGAAGUUUGCCAAACCUUAUAGCAAGAUCUGUAGCAAUGGGAAUGGCACCUUUGAAUGUGGGAUGUGCCGUUGCUACCCAGGCCGGCUGGGUUCCCUCUGUGAGUGCUCAGAGGAAGACUAUGGCCCAUCCCAGCAGGACAAUUGCAGCCCCAGUCAGGGGCAACCGCUUUGCAACCAGCGCGGAGAAUGCAUCUGUGGCCAAUGUGUUUGCUACAGCAGUGACUUUGGCAGGAUAUCGGGCAAAUAUUGUGAAUGUGAUGACUUUUCCUGUGUUCGCUUCAAAGGGGAACUAUGCUCAGGACAUGGGAAAUGCGUCUGUGGAGACUGUGCCUGCAACCCUGACUGGACGGGAACGUAUUGCAACUGUACAACUCGGACAGACACCUGCAUGUCCAGCAAUGGGAUGAUAUGCAGUGGACAAGGCCGUGGAUAUUGCUCCUGUGGGAAAUGUGUCUGUACUCAGCCUGGCUCUUACGGAGAUACCUGUGAGAAGUGCCCAACCUGUCCUGAUGCCUGCACCAUCAAAAAGGAAUGUGUGGAAUGCAAGAAGUUUGAGAGAGGGAUCCUGAUAGAACAAGACACCUGCAACCACAAUUGCCGGGAUGAGAUUGAGUUGGUGCAGGAACUUGGAGACAAGGGGAAAGAUGCUGUGAAUUGUACAUACAAGGAUGAGAAUGAUUGUGUAGUGUACUUCCAAUAUUAUGAGGACUCCAGUGGCAAAUCUAUCCUCUAUGUUAUUGAGGAACCAGAUUGUCCCAAGGGACCUGAUGUCUUAGUAGUUCUCCUUUCUGUAACUGGAGCCAUCUUACUUAUUGGCUUGGCUGCUUUGCUCAUCUGGAAACUGCUUAUUACCAUCCACGACAGGCGAGAAUUUGCCAAAUUCGAAGAAGAGCGUGCCAGGGCUAGAUGGGACACGGCCAACAAUCCCCUGUACAAAGGAGCUACCUCCACCUUUACCAACAUUACAUACCGUGGGAAUUCAUGAGAUUAUAGUCUUCCAAGGUCUUCUCCACUCAUGUUUACAGAACUGCCUCUGUUAUGGGUGUGAGAGAGUUUUUUUUUUUAAACAAACAAACAAAAACAGCCAUUGCUCAAGAGCCUUCACUGUUCUGCUGUCACAAGAAAGUAUCUGCACUGUGAUUCUUCAAAGACUCUCUUUUUUUUUUACCUCAGCUUGCCCAAGGUUACAGCCUGGACUCAUAUACUGAAGAAGAAAGCAGGACUUGCUCUUCAGUAUGAGCAGCACUGCAUAAAUCCAGGGUUAAGAUAAGCUUCUAUCUGAACAAAAUCAGGGGUCAUGAUUAUUGAGCUUUAUAAUCUAACUUACACAUGGACUAGUGAAAUUUGGGGUAGAGGAGCUUCAUGAUAUCUAAGUCCAUUGCAAGUUGAACCCAAAGUCCUUCAUCCAAGCAAAGUUUCCAGGAGUUCAGCUGGUUGCUUGUGCUGUUGCUACUGCCCCUUUCCUUUACCUUUCCAAACAUACAAGACACGGGUUGGGUUGGCCAAGGGAGCAGUGUGCUGAAAAUCCUUCAUUACAUUUUGCACACUGCUGUCUAACACAGAACAUGCAAGGAAGCAGGAUUUCCUUCAAAAAUCCCUGCUCCUAAUAAACAGUUUAGGGGAAGGGAGUACAGCAGGGUGUCAAACUGGAUUUCUUCGAGGGCCGGAUCAGCAUUGUAGUUCUCUUCCAUGGACCGGCAAGGGGAGUGGGAAGAUAGGACAGAUGCCUCCUGCAGCACUCUGCCAGCCAAAAAAGGCAGCAGGGGGCACAGGACCAGCCCACAGUGCCAAAUUUUGACACCCCUGGAGUACAGGAAAGGGAGUUCCUUGUGAGGCUUAGGAACCUGUCCAGUUCUAUUUUUCUGUCAAUGCAAUUGCAAACCUGAACUUCCAAAUUAAUUCAGUAAUAAGGCAUGUUCUACUGGAGGCUUAGAGAAAAAUACAUUUUCAAAUCCAAUGUUUUACAUAUUACAGCAGAGUUCCAAUAUUGUUAAGACUAUUCUUUUUGUUACACUUAUCCCAAGACUAUGAUAUAAUAAAUUCCUUGCUUUUAAUUUUUAGAAGGAAAGAGUUCCUAGUGUUUAUAGAUGAUUUGCUUUCUCUAAUGAAAAAAAAAAGAACUCGGCAUUAAUCCCUUUGCAUGCUGACCACAUAUUUUUAAGUUUCUGGCUCAGAUUAUAGAUAAUAUAAUAAUAACCUCCUAGAUAAUAUUUCACAUAACAUUAAUAUCUUGGUAGGGUUCACACAUGGUAAGUUCCAAUGUGGAAUUUUUGUUAUUGGUUUAGCAUCAUGUACAAAUUAAUUCACUGUAUUGAUAUUGUAUAUAAACUGGGCUACUGUAAUUUAGUCUUUUCUAUAGAAAUAGCACUGGAUAAGGAGUUGCACUAGAUGGUGCCCAAAGGGCCUUUCACACCUUACAGCCUAUCAUUCUAGUCAACAAACUGUAAUUUUAAAAUCCUUACUGCAAUGUGUGGACAUGAACACCUAAGUGCAUGAGCACAUAACUACUUGAUCUUCAUGGGGGAAGUUUGGCAAGAAAAUGUAGCUCAGGCAUAGAGCACAUGCUUUACAUACCAGAGGUCCCAUAUUUAAUCACCAGCAUGCCAGUCUAAAAGUCUGUUAUCCAACAAGAGUGAGCCCUUUGAACAUUGCUGCCUAACAGUACAACGCAAGGUAGCUACAUAGGUUCAUACCAUGCAUCAUGUAAAGUCAGAAAUCUCCUCAUCAGUAAAUGACAUUUUAGGUAGGAUUUGCCACUUGCUUAACAAUGCUUCACCCAAAGCAUUGGGAUAUGUUCUCCUCAGGUCCUGCUGUUCACUCAGGGAAUCAAUGCUCACCUAGAUGAGGGUCUUAGAUGACCAGAAAAUUCUCCCUCAAGUUUUCUGAAGCAGGGGUGACUUGCUGAAACAACCUGGCUAAAUUCUUGGGAUCUUUUAUAUCAUAGAGUCUCUAACACAGGUAAAGCAUGGAAGAUAUUUGAUAGGAUGAAGUAUUGUCAUGCCUGACUUUCAACAGCUCUUUUCAUCUUGCAGUUCUUUCCAUCUAGAGCAGGGGUAGCCAACCUUUUUAUACCUACCGUCCACUUUUGUAUCUCUGUUAGUAGUAAAAAAAAUUA